CGUGGCACCGCCCGCCGCCGCCCCGCCCCGCCCCGCCCCGCGGCGGGCGCGUCCUUCAGGCGGUGCCGCAGAGCCGGGCACGGCUGCGGGCCAUGGGGGCGGCGGCGGCGGCGGCGGCAGCGGCGCUCACUCCUCCUCCUCCACCGCCGCCGCCGUGAGGAGCGGCGCCUUGUGGUGCGGUGCCGGCGGGACCCAGCAUGCGGCGGGGCCAGGCCUGUUUUGAGGAAGAUAGCCAGAAGCAGCCAGCUGUGGGACACUGGAAGCCGCUGAUGCCGUCCAAAGGCAGCAAGGAGGAGCCGGAGCCUGAGUGCCAGGACCCAGGUGGGGAUGAGAGCCAGUCCACCGAGCAGCUCAACGUCUCCCGUCUGCGCAGCUCCUCAGUGGAGAUCCGUGAAAAGGGGUCCGAGUUCCUGAAGGAAGAGCUGCACAAAGCGCAGAAGGAGCUGAAACUGAAGGACAAGGAAUGUGAGAGACUGUCAAAAGUCAGAGAACAGCUGGAACAGGAACUAGAGGAGUUAACAGCUAGUCUGUUUGAGGAAGCGCACAAGAUGGUGAGAGAAGCAAACACUAAACAGGCGGCGUCAGAGAAACAGCUGAGGGAGGCACGGGGGAAGAUUGACAUGCUGCAGGCCGAGGUGACGGCUUUGAAGACUCUAGUGAUCACAUCCACACCUUCCUCUCCAAACCGGGAGCUGCACCCACAGCUUCAGAGUCCCACCAAGGCUGUCUUCAGGAAAGGGCAUGGCCGAAACAAGAGCACCAGCAGCGCGGUGAUCACAGCUGCCAGCCAGAGUGUGACCCCAGAGCCAGUCAGCCAUGAGUGCAAAGAGGUCGAUUCCAUUUUAUUUGCUGAGUUCCAGGCCUGGAAGGAGUCUCCAACUCUGGAUAAAUCCUGCUCCUUCUUGGACAGAAUUUACCGAGAAGAUGUAGGACCAUGCCUGGAUUUCACUAAGCAGGAGCUGUCGGAGCUGGUGCGAGCAGCUGUGGAGCAGAACACACUCACCAUUGAGCCUGUUGCUUCGCAGACGCUGCCUGUGGUGAAGGUGUCAGCAGUAGAGUGUGGUGGGCCAAAUGGGUUCCGGUCACAAAUUGUAACGAAGUGUGCUCUAAGUGGCCUCCCCAGGACCUGCAAGCACCGUAUCAUGCUGGGGGAUUCUGGGAAUUACUACUACAUUUCGCCAUCCUGCAGGGCCAGGAUCACAGCGGUGUGCAACUUUUUCACGUAUAUUCGCUAUAUUCAGCAGGGCUUGGUGAGGCAGGACGUGGAGCUGAUGUACUGGGAAGUCAUGCGGCUCCGGAGGGAGAUGUCUCUAGCCAAACUUGGUUUUUUUCCCAGUGAGAUGUAAGCUGAGGCCCAGGUGUGGAAGGAAACCGCUCCUGUACGAAUGGUUUGCCGAACAGAUGAAUGUGGUGCCUCUCCCACAGUGGGCCUUGCUUCCUCCCCUCCCUCACUCCCUCUGCCUGAUGCUGAUCAUGGAGCAAGAAGCACAAGUUCCCCCUUUGGCUGUCCCACUUCUCUGACUGUGACUGGAAUGCAGCUACCAUGCUGCUGUCUCGGAGCCGGGCUGGUCCUGGCUGCUCUGGGGGUGGCCAUCUACAGACUGUUCUCUGUGGAGUCUCCUUUGUGCAGUCUAUAUCCAAUUUUUAAACUUUUGUUUUUAUAUGCAAUCUGCUUUGGCAUUGUCUGAGGCUAGUCCUGUGCAAGACAGGAGUCUUGGGCUCCCUUCUUUAUAAGCAAGUCUUUCAGGACAGAUGCUGGCUGUCUGUCCACUUCCUCCUUGGGGUGGAGGGUGCUGUUGCCCAGCCAUACACCUAGCCCUUGCUGAUCACUUACUCCUCUCACGGCCCUGCAAAUGCCAGCAGUACACAAUAAUCUUAUGGAGAGCCAUGAACAGCCUGUUUCCAAGUACUUCUUUGCUCCUUUUAAGGAGCCUUCAAGAGAAGCUUUCUACUAGCUGAGUCACAAAGAGGGUUUUGUUUCUGUUUUUAGCUUGCAAUUUGGCACUGGGUUCUUGUAAUCCAGGCUGGGGGAAUGGUCAGAGCUGAGGCCAGAGCUGUGCACCUGGGGCCUUCAGUGGAAGAAAGUGAGCAGGGGAAUUGUAUAACUCACAGCUGGCCAAAGCUUGGCUGCAGUCAGUGCAAAAUGUUUUCCUGUAGCCUAGAGAAUCUGCUGCAGUCAUCACAGGCAGAUGCAGAUCCUCACGGAUGUUGCCCUGUGACAGUCCUAGGUGCAGAAAGCCCCCUGUGGUGGUCUUAGAUAAGAAUCUCUGCCACAGGCAAAUGCCUCUGAGCUGUUCUUGCUCUGAGGGUAGCUUUGGGCACUGCUGUUCCCACUGUCCCAAAGGAAACCAUGGUCCCAGGCCAGGUUCUUUCUGUCUCCAGAAGGUGCAUGCCGAGGUUGGGCUUUGAGACCUAGAGAUUUCCUGCCCAAUAUAACACCAGGCCUGGAGAUUCACUUCUGUUGUGGAAACCCAGCUUUUUGCAGGCUGCCAUCCCCAAUGGGGAAGUUUGAGACAUCUUUGCAUGUACGUGUGAGGGAUGUGGCCACAAGAUGCCUCAAGACGUGCUGGGAGGGAUGUGGCCAAAGCUUUUGGAAAGCAGAGGCCCUCUAUAGCUCAAGCUCAGCCCCAGACCUUGUCUAUACAAACUGCGUUAAAGCCAUGACAGUGUUUGAUAGCUGAUUAGUCUUCAGUGACUGCAGAAUCAUUUCUGCCACUACCCUGGGGCUUUCAUCACAUGUGGCAUUUCUGCACUCUGGCUCUGGGAUGUUACCCUGUCUCUGUGCUCAUAAGAGCUCCUGUCUUAGCAGAUUGGUGCCCAGAACUGGAUCACUAUCCUUAACUCCAUUGAGUUUCAUCGUCUUCUGGGGGAUGCUGCAGUAGGAGCUUUGUCUUUAGUGGAAGAAAACUAACCCAAGCUGCUGUGGUUUUGUCCAGGGGAGGGAGGAAUAGAUUGGGGGAAGACCAGGUUUUGGUUUGGGAGCUAGUGCAAGGACAACUUCACAGUAGAUCUGAGAAAACCUUGCUGUGGAAGACCCUCAUGAGUGCAGGCUUUUCUGUCACUGAGCAGAGACUUGCUAUAUGCUGCUGCGUUGCUCCUCAGGGGACUCCCUUCCUUAUAGCCAUACUGGCAUAUGCUGUCACUUGCCAAGGGUGAGUAGCCAUGUGAAACAUGAGUUGUCAUCCCUGGAGCUGGGAGAACACGUUGCUGGAAAUACGUUCUACUUUGGAACCCACCUUCAGCUCCAGAAGGGCUGGAGCCAGAGUAGUUGUUACCAUCCCGGUUCUGCUUUUGCCUCCCUCACAGCUGAGUGCCCUUAGUUCAUGCUGCUCACCGUAGCUAGGUGAGUGCAUGUGUCUGCUACUCUUCACCAAAGAAGUAAGUGUCAAAUGUAGAGUAAGUGUGGAGAAAGCACCUUUGGUGUAGAGUCAGACUGGGUCUUAAGCUGAUGAUAAACCUGCACUUUUUUUGUUGUCUUUGGAUUUGUGGCAAUUUGACACCAGCUUUUCAAGAGGAAAAAAUGGAAAUAUCCUUCCCCAACUGCAGAUUUCAGCUCAGGUAAAUUCCAUUCAUGGUAGUUUCCCCUUGGAUCUGCUCCCCCUGGACCUUUGGAUAUCCACAUGUUUCCAUGUGCCAUUAGCUGCUGCAUUGCACAGCAAAUGUAGCUGCAUUGCAGCAGUGGAAGUGAGAUGGUCUCUCUGUGUAGGAGAUGUUUUCAUUUGUGGGGUUCCCCCCCCCCCCCAGUGUCACUUUGUAAAGCACUUUGGGAUGAAAGGAAUUAGAGAAAUGCAUUGUAUAAGGUUGUCUUACAUUUAAAACAAAGCAUAGAGAACAAUUUGUAAGUUAAUCUGAAGUCACUCCGUUAACAGCAGGAUGGUUGCACCCUGCUCUUUAUUAAAGGAAAAUAAACAUUUGCUGUUAACCGCC